AUGAAAAUUUUUGUUGUACUUGAUCCGCCCUCCACCACGCUUCCGCAUCCGAAUUCGAUUCGGUUACCAACAAUUGAUCUGAAGUUGAAGCCUCUUCCGGAACUAAAGGAGGAUAAUUCCGAAGACUUGAAGGCUGCAAGGAAGAAGCGUGAAGAUGAUGAAGUCAAUACUCUCUCUGAUAGACUCUAUGAUCUCUACAACUCGAUGAAGUCUCCAGUGGAGAUUUGGAACGCUCUUGAAUACAAAUACAAAACUGAGAAUGAAGGUACGGACAAAUUUCUCAUCUUGAAAUUUCUUGAAUUUGUCAUUGAUGAUACCAAGUCCGUUCUAGAUCAAAUACAUGAAUUGCAAGUCGCUGUUACUAAGCUUCAUGAAUUGAAAGUUAAAAUUUUUAAAUCAUUACGAGUGGGGGCAAUUAUUACUAAAUUGCCUCAAAGUUGGAUUGGUUAUAGAAAGAAACUCCUUCAUAGGAGAGAUGACAUAACUUUGGAGGAAUUACAAGAACACUUGAGGAUCAAAGAAGAGACUAAGUCUCGUGAUUCCAAGGGCAAGAUUAUUGAUUCCUCUAAGGUUAAUGUUGCCGAAGCUAGUAAGUUUUCCAAAAACUUCAAAGUCAAUAAUGAUAAGAAGUUCAAAAAGCCCGGUAAUGGGCAAAAGAAAUUUUUUGAAAAUUGUUUCUUUUGUGAAAAGAAAGGCCAUCGCCAAAAUGACUGUAGAUACAAGAAGAAAAAGGAACAAGUUAACACCAACAAGGCCAAUACUGUUGAAGAGAAAUCCGAAGACAUUUGUGCUAUGGUCUCAGAAAUGCAAAUUGGCAUGAUUACCGAAACUAAUAUGGCUGUAACAAAAUCCUCCGAAUAG